CUGGUUAUCUGUAAUGGCAAAGUUUCAAGGCUUAAAAAGAUCAAUGGUGAACCGGCGGUGUUUUUGGUAUCUGUUGCAAUUGGUCUAUUAUCAACUUUACAGCCCCUUUUUCUGUAUUGGGCUACAUGCAUCAGAACUUACAAUUCAGGAACAGAAGAUAGUGCUGCUGAAACAUGUGCAUCAUUAUCCAAAUCUGAAUAUGCUGCCUAUGAGGAUGCGGUUCAAAAACAAGUUUCAACAAUGAAAAUUUUUUUGCAAAUGACAUCUGGAAUUUUGUCAUUGAUUGUUGCACCAAUUAUUGGCACUUGGUCUGAUGAAAAUGGAGAACGCAAAAAACCGUUGUUAAUUGGUCUUGGAGGCUUUUGUGCUUAUGCUAUCGUUCAAUUGAUUGCCAUCGUGUCAUACAGACAUUUAAAUGCCUAUCAUAUACUUCUUUUUGGCGAAGCGAUACUGGGUUUGAUUGGAGGUGUUGCAACCAUUCAUACGUUCCUGUUUACAAUUGUCACUGAUGACUCCAGAAACCAGAUGAGCGCUGCUUCUUCAAAUGUACCAAUUCGUAUCGCUAUCUCGAGUGCUGCUCAAGCUUUGGGACAAAUGGUUGGAAGUCUUCUUGUAUCACUGUGCAGCGUAUCGGCUAAAGUAUCUGUAUCAAGACACGUUAAUGGAUAUAUAAAUUCGGUAUUUGUCGGUAAUGCGUUUUCUUUCGUCACCCUAAUCUAUGCUAUUUUUGCCGUCAGAACAGUCAGCUACGCUAGUGAGUUUUUCUUAUGGAAAGAGGCUGCACGAAAUUUCUUUUACAAUAUCUUUGAGGUUGUUCUUAAGCCUCGACCUGGCUGGACUAGAUUUUGCUUAAACUUAUCUGCAUUUUCAAUCUUUGCUGAAUAUCUCUCUCUUGAUAGUCAGUUGUUAUUGCUGUUUGUUAAACGUGAACCAUUUUCAUGGAGUGAUAAUCUAUAUGUGUUCUAUAAUGUAACUAAAGCAUUUAUAUUCACUGUGGGAAUGAUAGUUUUUCCAUUGAUUAUAUCAAAAACAAAUUUUAUUGGAAAAGACUCAGUUCUGAUUUUAUUGGGAGUGUUCGCUGGCAGCCGAAUAAGCGAAAAAUACCAUUUUUUUUCAGCUACAAUAUGGUCUUUUUUUGCCGGAGCGAUUGGACCAGGCUACCGUUCUUUGCUUCCACGAUUGGUGGCUAAAGAGGAGACCGCACGAUUAUACACAGUGUUCAGUCUAAUAACGGUUGCGUCGCCAAUUAUCUCAUCGGUGGUUCUCAAUAAUAUAUACAAUUUAACUCUCAAUGUUUGGCCCGGUUUUGUUUUCUGUCUUUGUGGAAUAAUUCAAAUAUUCGUUUUUGUUGCACAGUUAGUUACUCAUAUCCUUAUGCGACAGCAGUGGUCAAAGAAACAAACGGAUCAAACAAAUGUAACUAAUCAAUUAGAUUCUGAAGCUACAACUUCUCUAGAAGCUUAA